AUGCAAGACUCAGAAGCUUCACUUGCUUUAUUUUCUUUGCUUUACUUUCUCAGUGUCCUCACUUUAACUGAUAGCUCACUUUCCAGGAUCACAACUGAAGCUCCACCAGCAGCCUCAAAGUGCACUCUUCUAAACAGCUUCCAGCCAGGAUUUGUGGUCCAGGGUGACUAUGUCAUAGGUGGGAUUUUCCCUCUUCAUUUUAAUCUGAAAAUGCCAGACCUUAAUGGCACCUACAGACCACCAUCAAUAAAUUGCAAUGGACUAUUUCCCAGGGCUUUCCGGUGGGCUCAGACUAUGAGACUGGCAGUGGAGGAGAUAAACCAGAAUCCAGUGCUGUUGCCGAAUCACACUCUGGGCUACAAAAUCUUUGAUUCAUGUGGAUAUCCACUGACAGGACAGAGAGCUGUUUUAUCGAUGCUGAAUGGGGUGAAUGAGGAAAACUCUUCUAUGUGCACAAAUGCCUCGUCACUCCUCGCUGUGAUUGGGGCUUCUGCAUCUGCUCUGUCAAUUGUUUUAUCAAGAAUCUUGCAGCCUUUCAGGAUCCCCAUGAUCAGUUACUUUUCUUCAUGUGCAUGUAUGUCAGACAGACAAAAAUAUCCAACCUUCUUCAGAGUAAUUCCUAGUGAUGACUACCAGGUGAAAGCCUUUGCACAGCUGCUGGUGCACUUCAACUGGACUUGGGUGGGGCUGCUGCGAGUAAACAAUGAUUAUGGCCUCUUUGCUGCAAAAGGUUUACUGAGAGAAUUACAGGAAACCAAAGUAUGUGUAGCCUACCAAGAAAUGAUUCCUCUGCCCUACAAUCGUCAGGCGGGACUAAGGAUAAUAAAGGUGAUGCAUAGCUCUACCGCAAAAGUGGUGGUGGUAUUUGCAGCUGAGGGGCAGAUGACACCUUUCUUGAAAGACUACAUGACUCAGAACAUCACUGGAAUACAGUGGGUGGUGAGUGAAGCCUUGGCCACUGCAUCAGUCUUUUCAGGGAGAGAGUAUUACCCUUACUUGGGAGGAACCAUUGGGUUUGGCAUUAGAAAAGGUCAUAUCUCCAGAUUGGGUGACUUCCUGCAGACAGUAAACCCUAGGAGAUAUCCUGGCAAUGUUCUGAUGCCGCCCUGCUCAGGGCAGGAGUCUCUGCUGGAACAGCACUCAGCCUACAUGAAUACAUCCAGCACCAGAGUUGCCUAUAAUGUAUAUAAGGCUGUAUAUGCCAUUGCUCAUUCCCUGCACAACCUCCUUCUCUGUCAGCCAGGGAGGGGACCUUUCCAAAACGACUCAUGUGCUCAGAGCAACAACAUACACCCUUGGCAGCUGCAACAUUACCUCCAGGAAGUGAACUUUCAGAUUGCUGGUGAGGAGGUGGACUUUGAUGCCAAGGGCGACUCUGUACCCUAUUAUGAUAUUAUCAACUGGCAGAGAGGCCCAGCAGGAAACACUGAAUUUGUCAAUGUGGGUUUGUUUGAUGGAACCAAGGCUGUUGGAGAGGAGCUGUUGAUCCAGGAGGACGGGAUAAUGUGGGCAGGACAUCAGAUAUCUGUGUGCAGUGCCAGUUGUCUUCCAGGCUUCCGGAAGGCUGUCCGUCGUGGGGAGCCUAUCUGCUGCUUUGACUGUGUACCAUGUGACAGUGGCAAAAUUAGCAAUCAGACAAUAGAUUGUACAAUUUGCCCUGAGGACUCCUGGUCAAACAAUGAUAAAACAGCCUGCAUCUCCAAGAAAGUGGAGUACUUGACCUUUGAUUUGUUGGGAAUAGCCCUGACAGUGAUGUCUGUGGUGGGCGCCUGCUUCACUCUGGCUGUCUGUGGAGUCUUCUUCUGUCACAGACACACAGCCAUCGUCCGUGUGAAUAACUCUGAGCUCAGUUUCUUCAUACUGUUUGCACUGACUCUGUGUUUCCUGUGUUCUCUGCUUUUCAUUGGAAAGCCAACAUAUUGGUCCUGCAUGCUGCGCCACACUGCCUUUAGCAUCACAUUUUCACUGUGUAUUUCCUGCAUCCUGGGGAAGACCCUGGUGGUACUGGCUGCAUUCACUGCCACCAGGCCAGGGCACAACAUCAUGAAGUGGCUGGGGCCUAAGCAGCAGAGGACCAUCAUCUCCAGCUGCACUCUGGUUCAGGUGGUUAUCUGUGCUGCCUGGCUCAUUGAUGUUCCCCCGUUUCCAUCCAGAAAUACACAAUAUGAACAUUCAAAGAUCAUAUUGGAGUGUAGUGUGGGCUCUAGCCUGGCAUUCUGGUGUGUUCUUGGAUAUAUUGGUCUGCAGGCCUGUCUAUGCUUUGUAUUGGCUUUUCUGGCCCGAAAAUUGCCGGGAAAGUUCAACGAGGCCAAGUUCAUCACAUUCAGCAUGCUGAUAUUCUGUGCUGUGUGGCUAGCAUUCAUCCCUGCUUAUAUCAGCUCCCCUGGAAAUUAUGCAGAUGCAGUUGAGUCAUUUGCCAUCUUGGCUUCCAGCUUUGGCUUAUUGUUCUGUCUAUUUGCUCCAAAGAGUUACAUUAUUUUACUGAAGCCUGAAAAGAAUACAAAACAGCACCUGAUGGGGAAAGAAAAGAAAUGAUGAAACACAAAUUUACCCAAAGCUAUUGAGUCAGUAGCAAAUGGACUUGUAGAUUUCUUUCGGUGACUUAGGGAUAACUAACCAUUUAUAAAAACAUGUUCAUUCAUCAAUGUUGUUUUGAUAUUGAUAUUUCUUUACUGAUAUGAUUCUGUUUUGUAUAAAGUUGAUCCAAAUCAUAAGGUACAUUUUGUCAAGACACUUUAUAUAUUACAGAAUCCGCACAAUAUUAUCAUUUUUUUUAGCAAUAAUAACAAUAAAACUAAAGAAGCAUGUAUAAGGGGGUAGUAAAUUUGUUGGCUGUCAUGAAGAUUGAGAUAACAGGGAAACUUCAUAGGAUGCUUGCAGAACAGCAGUUAUUACAUUAUGUCACAAAAUGACAUAAAUAUUGGUUCUUGACUUGACUCUAGACUAGCAGAGGUGGGAAUUGAUGCAGAUGACACACAACUAUACCUGCCCUUAAAAAAGAAAGACCCAAACUCUUUGAGCACAUUGCUUGUUUGUUUUAAAGCCAUUAAAGACUGGAUGGCUUUAAAUUUUUUAAAGCUCAAUGAAAACAAAACAGAAGUCAUUAUUUUUGGGGCAAAUGGAGACAGCCAUGACCCCUUCUUGGACCUUUCCCCCCUGCAAUCUUCUAUCAAACUGUCUGUAAAGAAUUUAGGGGUCAUAAUGGAUAAGGAUUUUAAAAUGGAGAAACAGAUAAACGCAGACUCCAUCUGCAUCUUUUAUCCAGGGUUAAGGCCUUUUUUUUAUCUCUUAAUGAUUUUAAAAUGGUAAUGCAUGUUUUUAUCACCACACGUCUUAACUAUUGUAAUGUCCUCUACGUUGGUGUUAGCCAAGCCUCUCCGUCUCGCCUGCAGCUGGUUCAGAAUGCAGCAGCUCGUCUUUUAGCUGGUACCCUUAAACAUGAGCACAUCUCCCCUUUUCUAGCUUCACUUUACUGGCUCCCUGUGCAUUUGAGGAUUGAUUUUAAGAUUUUAUUAUAUGAUAUACAUAUAAAUCAUUGCAUGGGCAAUCUCCAAGGUAUCUCAUAGACCUGUUAAAACCACUUAAUUUAUCCAGGACACUCAGAUCAUCUAACCAGCUGCUUCUGGCUGUCCUGAGGUCUAGACUAAAUCUUAGGGGGGGACGAGGCCUUUUCAGUUGCCGUUCCAAACCUCUGGAAUGCUCUGGUGCCCCAUGUUCGGCUGUCCCCCCACACUGCCUGUUUUCAAAUCAAACCUCAAAACGCACUUUUACUCCUUGGCUCAGCAUGAGAGUUGCCUAUUUUAAUCCAUCGCUCCUUUCCUAUUGGUCUUAACGCUUUUAUUAUUGUAAUGUUCUGUUGGUUUUAAGUGGUCUUAGUGUUUUCU